AUGGAAAAGAUAAUUACGCAAGCUGCUUCUGCUCUGAACCAGUCAUUUAAAGACAAAGAAAUCAAACCACAAGAAGUGCAUCUGACCAAGGAUAAAGAGGAUUCGUUGAAGCUUCUGGAUAAUCUACCAGAGGAGGAAAGGAAACUCCUGAAAGCAGCCAUCACAUCAGGAGAACUAGAUGCGGAAACGCUUGCUCCAGCCUUGAAAUCACUUGUGAAAGAGGAUAUGGGAGAAGAAUCCAAAAAGGAGAAGGAAAGUCGACUUAUAGAGUGGAUUCGAGAGAACCGACCAACUAAAAAACAAAAGGAAAUCAAAGUGUCAGCGGAUAAACUACCAUAUUACGGAAAAUACUGUGGAAGCUUUGCUGAGCAGGCGAAAAAUGUGACUUUUUGGCUUGGUCCUCAAACGCAUACGGAGAACAUCUUAGCAGAUAUGUUUCCAUCCCAGAAUGGUUUCUAUGUUCGACCGCAGCCUAUUGACGUUUCUAUUUUUGCUCUUCAGGAGCUUCCACCAAUCAAAGCCAAAGCACGGAAGUCAUCGCUGGCUAUCAAUGGAACUAUGCCAAUUGAACCUGUAAAAGAUAAAGUUAAGAAGACGGAAGAUGCUCUGAGAGUGAAAAGGGAUGGUGAGCAAUGUGCGAAGGCCAUCGUAGUCAACGCGGUUUUCAUUAUUCAUAAGAGGUAUACCAUCUAA